AUGGCACACUUCAGGCUAACGCCGGUCGUAGACGGCAUCCAUUACCUAGUCCAUCCUCAAUGUCUCCUCCAGAUCGUCGAGCCAACCGGCUCUGAACCGAUUCCAGUUGUUCUUCUCCCGAUUGGCGACUCUAUAACCUCGGUCGAUGAUGCGUUGCAGCUCAUCGGUCGUUUUGUCGAUGUUGACGAUGUCUAUUCUCCAUCAUUCUCUCGCACUGCUGUUAUCCGACUCGGUACUGAGAAUGGGGUUAUGGGAGUGUUUGAGAAGUUUGAGGCAUCUGGCCACUUCUCCACCAUCUAUCGUGCAUCCCCAAGCUCCUCACAGGGCUAUCUUCCACCAGGUCCAUACUUCCUCUGUGAUGAUGGAAUUCAUCAAGCGUAUCGCUUGUACGAGGAUACUCUUGAUAGUUUCAUUUUUGGAGUGAUCCCGGAAGACGUCUUGCACCCCAAAAAAUAUACUGCUCUAAAUUUGCUCAGCUCAAGUGGACUGUGGAAGAACAUUGCUGUUCCAAGUAGACUUUAUGCUUGUCGAACCUCAAAGACGCCCCUUGCUGGCGCGCGCAUGGGUAUUAAGGACAUUUUCCGUCUUCAGGGUACCCAGACGACUAUGAUGAGCCGACCGUGGAUUGAGCUUUAUGGUCCGGACGUACAGAGCGCAGACUAUACUUCUAAACUCAUCAAACUGGGAGCAGUCAUCGUAGGAAAAACUAAGAUGACUUCAUUUGCAUCCCCCGAAGAGCCGACAGACCAGUGGGUUGACUUCCAUUGCCCAACCAACCCCCGGGGAGAUGGCUACCAGAGCCCAUCAAGCAGCUCCACGGGAGCUGCAACUUCUCUGGCGGGUUACGAGUGGCUGGACUUUUCUAUUGCGGGAGACUCUGCUGGUAGUGUCAGGGCACCCGCGCCUUGCAACGGAUUAUUCUCCCUUCGACCUAGCUUCGGCUCUACAUCGAUGAGUGGAAUACCGGUUAACUCACCCGCUUUUGAUACUGUCGGCCAGUUUGGUCGCAGCUUAGAUGAUCUUCACUUCAUUGUAUCACACACAUUUGAGAACAUCCACCUGAGUUUGUCUGGCUUUCCGUCCAAGAUACUCUAUCCAUCGGAGUUCUAUCCCUUGGCUGACAAAGAGCAGCAGGCUCUGACGGAUGAGUUUGUGAAAGUACUUGAAGACUUUCUGGAUGUCAAGAAAACACCUUUCAGCUUUGUUGAGGAAUGGGAAAAGAAUCCCCCUCGGGAUGCAGGAGGCUUGCCAUUGCUGAAGUACACUGAAAAGAGCGCCUUCUGGUCAUUAUGUUACGACUACUAUCAUGGAUUCGACAAGUUCCGUGAUGGAUACAAGGCUAGGUUUGGCAGGAAUCCGUUUGUUAGCUCAGUCGUACAAUUCCGGUGGGACGUCGGAAAAGGCGUCACUUCUCAGGAGUACGAUCUAUACCUGAACCAACUCGAGACAUUCAGAGAAUGGUUCAGUGAGAACGUCAUGGGCCCUGAUUCGAGAACGCUUUCCGACGCCAUCCUCAUCAUGCCCUACGGGGAACCUCAUCCAGAGUACCGCGAUGAGGCAAACCCACCUGCUGGGACCUUUCCUACGAUCGCGGAAAAGUUCAUCUCGCCUAUCCUGCAUGCACCUCAACUCGUACUACCAUUUGCUCAGUUGCCAUACCUGUCAAAAGUAAGCGGGAGACGCGAAAUGCGACCAAUCGCUAGCACUAUGAUAGGAGCCAAAGGGAGUGAUCUCAUGCUCAUCAAGCUUGCCGCUGCGGCGUUUGAAAAGGCUAAAUGGCCUACAAACAUCCAGACUGGCCGCUACAUGUACGCGAUUGCCCAAAAUGCGAGGAAUGUAAAUUCAACGCCUAUCGACAGAUCCCCGACGUUUGAGACGAGACAAACUCUCUGGGGGAUAAUCGGAGCGUCUGGCGAUAGUGUUGACUACUUGGGUAAAGCCAACGCUUCAGUUUGCAACGUCAUUUAA